AUGGCAGCGGGAUUGAAUCAAGGCCGGAAAUCAGCGCUUUUAAUAGGCAUCGACAUAUACAACGACACUAAAACUAACUUACCCAACCUGCACGGUUCCGUCACCGAUGUGGCUACCACGGAGAAAUUCCUCACUGAAGUUGCCGGCAUCUCCAACAUUACCAAGCUCACCUCCCCGCCGGAUCCAUCCAAUGACCUCCUCCCAACCUUCGACAACGUCACAUCAAAAUUCCAGGCUCUCGCCGAUGACGCUCGCCCCGGGGACUUCAUCUACAUUCACUACUCGGGCCAUGGCACUCGUCUGGCAACUGUCUUUGAGGAUCUCAAGCGCGAUACCACUCCCUUUGACGAGACUCUAGUCCUUGCCCGCAGCGACGGCAAGCUUGAUCACCUUCGUGACGUCGAGGUUGCCUUUCUGUUGAAGCAGAUAGCCGACAAGGGCGCGACGGUCACCUUCGUGCUCGACUGUUGCCACUCAGGCGGGGCCAUGCGGGGAGCCGACGACGAGGACAGCGGGGUGCGAGGGUCUGAAGAUAUCCCGAAAGAGAGCUUCUUUUAUUUCGACCGAAAGCCCAUCCAGUCUGUGGAGGAUCUGAAAGAUGCCUGGCGCUCGCCACCGGACGGCGUUGACAACGCGGGCCGCGGUGGAAACGUGGAAGAGCACUGGAUGACGUCGUCCGAGGGGAUCAACUUUCUCGCUGCGUGCCAGCCGGACCAGAAGGCGCAGGAGGUGCCAUUCAGGGCGACUGUGAAGAAAGGGCUGUUCAGUGAUUGCCUAGACCGCGUCCUCAAAGACCAUAGAGGGCCAGAUCGCCUGCGCCAGCUGAGCUGCGAGGUCGUUUCCAACCUCGUCGCACAGAAGCUCAAGACCCACGAGUUGAAGAGUAGAACACAAGAGCAGCAGCCUGUGUUCGGGGGCCGGGGCGACUGCCACAUAUUUGGUGUUGAGAGCGUGGUGCAGCACAUUGUGGUCGUCACUAGCGUUGGGGAGCUGUCGAGCGGGAAGCUUAAGGUGGGACUGACAGCUGGCGUGGCCCACGGCGUCUUAGAGGAUGAUGUCUUCGCCAUCUACCCUAGAGAUAGACAGCUUGACAGCCUUGCUGACUACACCGGGCCGAUAGCUACCUGCACCGUGACUGCCGUGGAGAGUUUCACCUGCACAGCCCACAUCCAAUCGAAGGUUACUGACCUCAAGCAGAAGGAGGGCGUCCAACCCGGCUGCCAGGCUGUCAGUCUGCGCAGCAUUUUGAAGGAUCACGUUCUGCAGCCUAAGGGGGCCUGGGUGUCGGCUACGGAUGACAGCGCUGAGCCAGUGGCCCAGAAAGUCCGGGAUUGCAUCAGCCGGAGCAGCUUUGUCGAGCUCAAAGACGACGGUGAUUCCUUCUUCAAGGUGCUGGUGCAAAAAGAUGGCACUUUCACCAUCUCUUUCACCCCAAACCAAGUUGAAGCCAAGGUCGAAGACAAAGGGAAGCCCGAAGAUGUGCUCUCCCACUUAGUCCACCUAAGCAUCUUCUACAACAUUUUCAAUCUCGCAGAAGACAACGCGGCGCAGCAAGGACAAGGCCUGACUGUCAGUAAACUCGGCUAUCUCGAUCAGGGCGUCAAGCCCCCUCCCCCGCGGCAAUUCAAACUGGGUGAAACCUCUUCGCUACUCAAGGAUCUCAAACUGUUCCCAAAAGACUCAAUCGACAUGGUUACAGGCCAGGUUCUAGUGAUCGAGGUAAGAAAUACGUCGCUGGAUAACGUUUACGUCGAGAUCCUGGACCUGGAGCCGUCGUGGCGGGUGUUACGGGCGUACCCAAUGCCGAAGAGGCAGCCGAUCCUGACGACGCGAGGCCAGGGAACACUCUUCUUCAUCAAGAUGUCACCAUCGGAAGGGGUAGAAGGCGCGGUCCAGCCCGACACGUUCGACCGGUUUGUUGUCCUGACGACAACAGAGGGCCGCCUUAAUUUCCGUAGGGACGUCCUUCCGCCGCUGAAGCUUGUUGGGCAACAAGGACCUGGAAUUGAUAGCAAGAAGCCGGGUGUACUAGAGCCUGCUGAUGGGAAUGGUGAUCGGGCUGGGAAUGGGGUUGACGAGCCGCUGUGGUUUGUACAGAAGCUGGAUGUGCGGGUGGUCGCGGAGGAAUGA